AUGGAGGCCCAAGCAACACCAAGCGUAGCUCAAGAAACCCCACUUCUCCACAUGUCUGGAGAAUACAACAAAUGGAAAACAUCAGUUAUUUCCGACUUUAUUAGUAACUUCAAUAAUUUAAAUAGUGUAAGUAAGCCAAAAUGCAAAGGAAUUUACAGAAACUUAAACUACUGGUUGGAUGAUAAUCGAGACGAGUUUGUCCUCAACAAGGCUAAAUUAUUUGGCAUCACAUCUCCGGAAGAAACAUGGCUAACAGAAAUAGAGAAACCUUUGGUGGAAAAAAUCGAGUCCCUAGAUUAUUUAUCACUAUUUAAAAGAGCCCCUUAUAAGUAUCCAAAAAAUUUGAGAGAUGUACUCGGUGAAGUAGAAGAGUUUCUAGACGAAAGAGAUAUAUACGUUCACGAACUGAACAUAGAUUGUAAAUCUGAUGAGUAUUUACUUUUCAAAGACUGGAUUGGCAGAAAGAAAGAUUACUUGACCAGCCUCGACGAUUGGCACUUGGUAGAAAAAAACAAAAAUGACAUUCCCCCCGCACUCAAGUCAAGGUUCGACGUGGACAACGUAUUCAAAUCUGAGUCCUACUGCAGAGCUGGUACGGCAAAAGGGAAUUCAUCAAAAAAUUUAAAUUACAUGAAAACAUAUCAACCUCCCAAUGUUAAUAAAGACGUCACUGCCGUUUUCCAUAAAGAUUUUUGGGCCAAUUUUCCCCAAAGCCUGAUCUAUUCAAACCCGAUGAUAACUGUCGGUAUAAUUGUUAUGCAAUGCCUUUUGCUCUUUUUCCUCUUCAAAAAGAACUUCUAUAGCGACUCUUCCAGCAAAAAGAGAAGAAAGCCUAUAAGAGAGCUAUCUCCUGAUGGCGAGGAACUUUAUAACCCAGACGGCACGAUAAACCCUGCUGUACUUGGCAGAGGCAAUAAAUCCAAAAAUGAAUACUACGCUUUUUACCCUGUUAAACCAAACAAGGCAAAAGAUACGAAGGAAAAAAAAGAGAAAAAUGUCGAUGAUGAUGGGGCUAGCUCGUCAGGAAGCGAAGCGAAAGGAUUAAAUAAAGAGGAAGUGGAAAAUUUAAAAAAACAAAAUUUACCAGACGAUAUCGAUGUAGAAAAUUUAAGCAAAAAAAAUACCUACGUAUUCCCAAAUGAACACAACGAUGGUCUGACCAUCAUCGAUAUAUACGUCCCAUUACACAACAAUGGCGAAGAAGUGAUGGAGUUGACUAAGAAAGAAGUUUUGGAUGUCUGCAGGGAGCUAUUUAAAAAUAGAAAAUCUGAAAAAAAAGUGGCCGACGAUGAUAAAGAAUUAGUCAAGAACGGAAAGAAAUAUGUUGUUCUCUAA